CGCAAUAACAAAUUGAUAAAGACCAAUGUUAUCAUCAAAUGUAAUCUUAUUUGGUUUCAUUAUUUUGAAAUCAAAUCAGUGAUGGACAUAACUAAUGUAACAUGAGUUUCAGAAAAUGAUCGCAAUCAACAUUGAAAAAAUAAAGUAAUGGACAAAUAUGGAAACCAUUGAUUGUAUCAUUUACACGUUGUCGGCGGUUCUUAGCAUUGAGAUAAUUGCACUUGCGUUUGUAUUCAUAAGUAUUCGUACUGGAUUCAAGAAAGAUAAAAAAGAAUUGGAAAGGCAAAUAUUUCACCUGCAAGCUGAACUUAUCAAGGAAAAACAAGAGCUUGACCAUGCCUUGAAACGGGCUUCAAAAGCAGAAGCUGAAUUAACGAGAGAGAAGAUACGCAAACAGGAGAACAUAGAACAAGAAGAUGCCUUAAGACAAACAGCAAGCCUACAAGAAGAACUUCAGAGGGAGAUUUCAAAGAAAGAAAAUGCAUUAAGACUGAUAACACGCUUACAAGAAAUAAUUAGAAGGGAGAAUUUAGAAAAAGAGAAUGCCUUGAGACAGAGAGCAUAUCUAAAAGAGGAGCUUACAAUAGAGAAUAUAGCGAAAGAAAACGCCUUAAGACAGAAUGCACGCCUGCAAGAAGAACUAAAACAGGAAAGGUUAGAGAAAGAAGAUGCAUUAUUACAGAUAGCACGCCUGCAAGAAAAAAAUAGAGGGGAAAAUGUAUAAAAAAUGCCUUAAAACGGUAAAAGUUUUAUUUAUGCUAUAUAGUUUUAUCGAUAUUUGAUUAUUAAUACUUAAUAACUAAUGUAAUUCAACUUAUCUUACAUCUUAAUAGUGAAAAUAAUUAAAAUAAUUUAUUACUAAUUCCUUAUUUCACAAGGUAUAUUAUUCCAAACAUUCAUGGUCAUUAGAAAGUUGUUAUGAAUAAUGGUUGGUUUUGAUGUUUUCAAAUGUCAUGAUGAGAGAUUGCUCUAAGUACGUUAUUUGUUACUUAUAAGAAGUAUUAAUAUUAAUACGUAUAAACAAUAGAAAUGUAUAAUUUGGAUAUUCUUACAAAAUAUGUCUUGCAA